GCGGCGCCCUUUUGGCUCGGAGUUUACACCUUGUAGAGGUCGGAGGCUGCCGCUUGGAGAGUGUCUCAGUCGAGCCGGUGUCGUCGUCGGUAGCGGGUCACGCUCUUAGUCGCUCCUUUUGACUUCGCGGUAUUGAGCAUUUCCAAGUGAACUUUGACUAUAGCAAAAUACAAAGGAAGCUGAAAACUUUUUAUAGUUUGGGAAGUAAGGUGUAGAGGGAGGUAUUGAUAGUAUCGAACUAGUAGUGUACACUAGAAGUGUGAAUAUUCAAUGGUGAAGAGCCUGCUGCGUCUGUUGUCUGUGAGCGAUCGCAACCGUCGACGUGUCCAGCACAGCCAAGCCCUGCAGCCAAGUGUCCCCGCCCCGCUUGACGGGCGCGCUCCUCCCAAGGGGUCAUGCACAGGGGCCACACAUUGUCCUAGUUUAGGCGCUCGUUGGACGCUCAUGAGAUUACAAGCAUCCGCCUGGAGGAUUUUCGCGGAAAAGCGUGCUUGAAUUCUUAGGGGAAAUACACUGAUACCAUAUUGGAGGAAGCAAUCAAGAUGGCAUCUAUUCCACAACUUUUGAUGGAGGAGGUUCAGCCUGCCUUGACUACCUCUGGUGGCAAGGUGACUGUAGUGGGUGUGGGCCAAGUGGGAAUGGCCUGUGCCUUCUCUCUUGUGACCCAGCACAUCUGCUCUGAGCUAGCUCUCUGUGAUGUUGCUGCUGACAAGCUUCGAGGAGAGAUGAUGGAUCUUCAGCAUGGUUUAACAUUCCUUAGCAAUGUGAAAAUUGAAGCUAGCACUGAUUAUGCAGUGAGUGCUGGUUCCCGACUGUGUAUAGUAACAGCUGGAGCUCGACAAAGGGAAGGGGAAUCUCGUCUUUCUCUUGUACAACGCAAUGUUGACAUCUUCAAGGGAAUUAUUCCUAAUCUUGUCAAGUAUUCUCCAAACUGCAUCCUUCUUAUUGUUUCAAACCCUGUGGACAUUUUAACUUAUGUAGCUUGGAAGUUGUCUGGACUGCCAAAGAACAGGGUGAUUGGUUCUGGAACCAACCUCGAUUCAUCAAGAUUCCGAUUUCAUUUGUCACAGAAACUCAAUGUUGCCCCUUCAUCUUGUCAUGGCUGGAUUAUUGGUGAACAUGGAGAUUCUUCAGUGCCAGUAUGGUCUGGAGUGAACAUUGCAGGUGUGCGACUCCGUGAUCUUAAUCCACUUGUGGGAACCCCAGAAGAUCCAGACAAGUAUAAUGAAAUGCACAGGGAUGUUGUUAACAGUGCGUAUGAGAUCAUCAAGCUGAAGGGCUACACUUCUUGGGCUAUUGGUCUCUCCGUAGCUUCCCUUUCAUCAUCUAUUUUGAAGAAUAUACGCGCCUGUUACGCAAUCUCUGUUGCUGUUCAGGGUUACCAUGAUAUUGAUAAGGAUGUUUUCCUGAGUCUGCCUGUUGUAUUAGGCGAGAAUGGUGUCACCCAUGUCAUCAAGCAGACACUAACACAAGCUGAAAUUGAUCAGUUGAAGAAAUCCGCAGACACACUGUGGGACGUUCAGGCAGGAAUCCAGUUUUAAGAGUAAUGUCUCAGGAAUGAAAUAGGGCAGAAACCACUUGCAGGCGAUUGGAUGAUUACGACUAAGAAAUUCCUACAAUUUUACAGCAAUUAGUAAAAUGGGAUACUAGUUGAUAUUUAAAGAAGGAAACAGGCUUUCUAUAUUCUGGGUGAGGACAAAAUCAUGGAAAAACUAUGCCUCCUGAGAUAUACUUUAGAGUACUGUAAAUCAAAUGUUUCUUUAAUUUAAACCAUUAAAUACUUAUAAUGUACCUCCAGUAUAACUACUGCAUUUUAUUUAUCAUGGUUAGUGUUAGAGGAAGGAUUUGAUUGUAUUCAAGAGGAGUUGAUAUAUCUAGUAUAUAUUUUAAGUUCAUUAAAUUAGAAAGGUGUUUAUGCUUCUGUUUUCGUAACUAUACUUAUAUCUAUUUUAGCAGGUAUAUGAUUAAUUUUAAAAUGUCACAUCAAAUAAUUUUCCAUGUUAAUUGAAUUACGUAACAGGUAACUAGAAUAAAUAUGCCCGCUUGCAAAACUAGUAUCAAUAAAUGUGGUGUGUGAUACUAUGCUAGUAUUUUGUCUAGGACUUGAAUAACAGCAUAGGCCUAUAUCUACACUAUAUUUUAAAAUUGUAUUACACAGUAUAUGUGAAUCUGACCAAAAGGUAUCACUGAGUACAUAGAUAAUGAAUUGAUUGGUUAAUAAUAUUUGUCAACAAUGUUUCUUAAUAUGGAUGUGGAGUUCCCAGCUUUAAACACAAUUCCAAGUUUCAUUGUUUGUAAUCUUAAUUUCUGAAUUCCAAAAACAAUAAUUUAGUUUUGAGUAUUACAUAUGGGCUUAAUAUAUACAUUAUAUAUAAGCAAGAACUAUAUACAGUAUAUUCUUUUAUGUAAUAUGUUGAAGAAGUGUUAUGAAUAUUAUUAAUGCACUAAUAUGCUUGCAUAUUGUAUUAAAUAAAAAGCAACACCACUAC